AUGAUUGUGAAUUAUGUUUUCCUUGUUGUUUUCCUGUCAACAAGAUCCGUACAGGCAACAACUUCCGGUGCCAGGAAUGACAUUCAGGACCAGGAGUUGAAUGAAAUUAAGAAGAUGCUGAAGGACUAUGGACAACGAAUAGAAUUACUUGAAAAGGAAAAUCUUGACCUCGUCCAUCAAACGGAGGAGUUAAAAGCAAGCAAUGAGGUCAUGGAGACGAGAUUGAGACAGCUAGAGCAACUGAAUGUCGACAUGGUCCAAAUCCGGGAUAAAGAUGCCGAACUACCACGGAUACGGAAAGUAGCUGGUGGUCACCUGGCAGAUAACCACACUGUCAUUGGAUUUUAUGCAAGGCUCGUGUCCCCACACCCUUUACAACUCGGACAACACCAGGUCAUUGAGUUUGAUAACGUUAUAACCAAUGUCGGUGGUGGAUACGACCCGCGUCACGGACAUUUCACAGCAUCUGUCGCAGGGGUGUACUCAUUUACCUCUACUGUGCUACUUGUAAGUGCUGUAGACCAUCAAUUUCAUAUUUCCAUCGUUAAAAAUGGCGUCGAUGUCGGGUAUUUGUUUUCUGCCACAAACUUCGAUAAAGGCACAAGGACAUGUGUUUUGUCGUUAAAUGUAGGGGACAUGGUUUGGGUCCGAAAUUUCAUCAACAACUCGCCCACAAUCCAUGGGGUUGGCUACAGCACGUUCUCCGGAUUUCUUAUUUCACCUUUCAGUUCGGAUGAUUAA